AUUUUGAUGGAAUUUACUAAGAAAGAGAAAAGAUAAAAACAAGGGUUUGGCUCUCCUCUCUCUUUCAAUCCUUUUCUCUCUCUCAUAUUUCUAGGGUUUCAACCGCUGAUCGUUUCUUAGAUCUGCACUCUUCCGCCUCCAUCUCUGCCGAUUUCCUAGGUUGACAUAAUGGUAAGGAAGAGGAGAACUGAAGGUCCCAGUGGUGGUGAAAGCUCUGAGCCCCAGGAAGGAAGUGGUGCUCAAAGACAACCAGCACAACAGCAGCAGCAAGGUGGCUAUCAGGGAAGAGGCCAGGGUGGUGGUUAUCAAGGACGAGGGCAGCAGGGUGGUUACCAAGGCGGACAGGGUGGCUACCAAGGCGGACAGGGUGGCUACCAAGGCGGACAGGGUGGCUACCAAGGCGGACAGGGUGGCUACCAAGGUGGACAGCCUCAAGGAGGAAGAGGUUGGGCACAAAGGGGUGGACACGGUGGUCGAGGUGGCGGUGAUCCACAGCAGUAUGCUCCAAGAGGAGCUGCGCCACCUCAGCGACGUGGUGGGCCUGGACCUCAGUAUUCUGGUGGACCUUCUAGGACACCCGUUCCCGAGCUGUACCAAGCAACACAAGCUCCUCAACAGCCUGUGUCGACAUUGCAGCCAGCGACACCUGGAACACCAGUUGAAGUGCAUGCCGAGUCAUCAUCCACUAAGCAGAUGGUGGAUGAGUCAGCGGAUCAGUUGCAGCAGCUAUCAGUGCAGCAAGAAGAACCUAGCCAGUCUGUCGCGCCUGCUUCCAGCAAAUCACUGAGGUUUCCUUUGCGUCCGGGAAAAGGUCGCAUCGGAGAAAGUUGCAUUGUCAAAGCUAACCACUUUUUUGCUGAGCUGCCUGAUAAGGAUCUACACCAAUACGAUGUGACAAUCAAUCCUGAAAUGACAUCACGUGGUGUGAACCGAGCCGUAAUGGCACAACUUGUGAAUCUGUACAGGGACUCUCAUCUUGGGAAGAGGCUUCCUGCAUAUGACGGAAGAAAGAGUUUGUACACUGCUGGACCGCUUCCGUUUGUUUCAAAAGAGUUCAAAAUUACUCUUCUAGAUGAGGACGAUGGUUCCGGCAACGCGAGGAGAGAAAGAGACUUUAAAGUUGUGAUCAAACUGGCUUCACGUGCGGAUUUGCAUCAUCUUGGAUUGUUUUUAGCAGGGAGGCAAGCGGAUGCACCACAAGAAGCACUUCAGGUUCUGGAUAUUGUUUUACGUGAGCUGCCUACUAACCGGUACACUCCUGUGGGACGAUCAUUCUAUUCUCCUGAUCUGGGUCGUAGACAACCACUCGGUGAGGGGUUGGAGAGCUGGCGCGGGUUCUAUCAGAGCAUACGGCCUACACAGAUGGGGCUGUCUUUGAAUAUUGAUAUGUCUUCAACCGCUUUCAUAGAGCCAUUGCCUGUGAUCGACUUUGUCACACAGCUUCUGAACAGGGAUGUUUCUGCAAGACCAUUGUCUGACUCUGACCGUGUAAAGAUUAAAAAGGCACUAAGAGGAGUCAAAGUUGAAGUUACUCAUCGUGGUAACAUGCGGAGGAAGUAUCGAAUAUCUGGUUUAACAUCCCAAGCAACCCGGGAACUUAAUUUCCCAGUUGAUGAAAGAGGUACAUUGAAGUCUGUGGUUGAAUACUUCCGAGAGACAUAUGGGUUUUCCAUUCAACAUGUUCAAUGGCCAUGCUUGCAAGUUGGCAAUACUCAGAGGCCAAACUACUUACCUAUGGAGGUCUGUAAGAUUGUAGAGGGCCAGAGGUACUCAAAGAGGCUAAAUGAGCGACAGAUUACUGCUCUUCUUAAGGUCACCUGCCAGCGCCCCCAGGAAAGAGAAGGGGAUAUUCUCAAGACUGUCAGACACAAUGCUUAUGGACAGGAUCCUUAUGCGAAGGAGUUUGGGAUAAAAAUUAGCACACAGCUAGCAUCUGUUGAAGCUCGGAUUUUACCUCCUCCUAGGCUUAAGUACCAUGACACCGGCCGCGAAAGGGACUGUCUGCCUCAAGUUGGGCAAUGGAACAUGAUGAACAAAAAAAUGGUAAAUGGUGGAACAGUUGCAAAUUGGAUCUGUAUAAACUUUGCUCGGAAUGUUCAAGAUAACAUCGCCCGUAACUUUUGUUCUGAGCUUGCAACAAUGUGCAAAACUUCUGGCAUGGACUUUCAUCCUGAACCUGUGCUUCCUCCAUUUAGUGGCCGUCCUGAUCAGGUUGAAAGAGUCUUGAAAGCUCGAUUCCAUGAUGCCAUGACUAAACUUCAGUCCAACAGAAAGGAACUUGAUUUGCUUAUUGUCAUCUUGCCAGACAACAAUGGCUCUCUAUAUGGUGACCUGAAAAGGAUUUGUGAGACUGAUCUCGGGAUUGUUUCUCAAUGUUGUUUAACAAAACACGUGUUUAGGAUGAGCAAGCAGUACCUAGCUAAUGUUGCUUUAAAAAUUAAUGUCAAGGUUGGUGGAAGGAACACGGUUCUUGCUGAUGCAUUAUCUAGGAGAAUUCCGAAUGUCAGUGAUGUUCCGACAAUCAUAUUCGGUGCUGAUGUCACUCAUCCUCACCCUGGAGAAGAUUCUAGCCCUUCUAUUGCUGCUGUUGUGGCUUCACAAGACUGGCCCGAGAUUACUAAGUAUGCGGGAUUGGUUUGUGCGCAAGCUCAUCGUCAAGAACUGAUUCAAGAUCUAUUUAAGGAAUGGCAGGACCCGAACAGAGGCAAAGUGUCGGGUGGCAUGAUCAAGGAGCUUUUGAUAUCGUUCCGUAGAGCUACUGGGCAAAAACCGCAGCGUAUCAUCUUUUACAGGGAUGGUGUGAGUGAAGGCCAGUUCUAUCAAGUUUUACUUUAUGAGCUCGAUGCUAUCCGUAAGGCUUGUGCUUCAUUGGAGCCAAAUUAUCAACCUCCUGUGACAUUUGUUGUGGUUCAAAAACGGCAUCACACUAGGCUGUUUGCAAACAAUCAUAAUGAUCGUAGAUCCGUUGACAGGAGUGGAAAUAUACUUCCUGGCACAGUGGUUGAUUCGAAGAUCUGUCAUCCUACUGAGUUCGAUUUUUAUUUGUGCAGUCACGCAGGGAUUCAGGGUACAAGCCGUCCUGCUCAUUAUCAUGUGUUGUGGGACGAGAACAGGUUUUCAGCUGAUGACCUGCAAUCACUCACCAAUAAUCUGUGCUACACAUAUGCAAGGUGCACACGCUCGGUAUCCAUUGUACCACCGGCAUACUAUGCUCAUCUUGCUGCUUUCCGGGCAAGGUUUUACAUGGAGCCUGAUACAUCUGACAGUGGAUCCAUGAUUAGUGGUGCUGCUGGUCGUGGUGCGGGUGGUAGAAGCACUCGUGUGCCUGGUGCGAAUGCAGCCGUGAGACCCCUCCCUGCUCUCAAGGAGAACGUCAAACGGGUUAUGUUCUAUUGCUGAAAUCCCAGUGUUCAUAUUUAUGACCUGAUUGGGAUCAAUGUGUUAUGCUUUCUCUGGAUUUAUAUACUGUUUUGCAACGGAGUUACAAAUUGGCAUUUGCUUGGAUGUUUUGUUGUAUGACGUUUAUUUGCUUGGAUGUUUUGUUGUAUGACGUUUAUUUGCUUGGGAUGUUUGGUUGUAUGAUGUUUAUUUGCUUGGAUGGUGGUUUGUAUGACAUUUAUGUUUAAAAAUGGCUACAGGGCUUUUUUCAA